AUGUCUCAGUCUAAGCUGUUAGUAAUAUUUCAGUUUACUGGGAAUAGUUCGUUUAAUGUAGCAAUCAGUUCAGGGUGCGUUUUUUUGGUUGCAGCAGCCAGAGUAAGCAAAGACCCUCCUGUCGCUUUUGCACUAAUUCGACCUCCUGGUCACCAUGCUGUUCCAAUGGGAGCCAUGGGCUUUUGUGUGUUUGGAAAUAUUGCUAUUGCUGCUCGUUAUGCUCAAAGAAUGCAUGGAUUGAAACGUGUUUUUAUCAUAGACUUUGAUGUUCAUCAUGGAAAUGGAACCAAUGAUGCCUUCUACGAGGAACCAGAUAUAUUUUUCCUUUCAGCUCACCAAGCUGGAAGUUAUCCAGGGACUGGUAAGAUAGAUCAAAUUGGUAGUGGAAAUGGUGAAGGAUCAACACUAAAUCUCCCUUUACCUGGAGGAUCAGGUGAUACAACAAUGCGAACAGUUAUUGAUGAAGUUAUUGUACCAUGUGCUCAAAGGUUCAAGCCAAAUAUAAUCCUUGUUUCAGCUGGCUUACAGUUCACAACAGGAACAUAUUACAUGCUAGUCUCCAGCAUUAUGCAACUUGCAAAAGAUUUGUGUGGGGGACGUUGCGUGUUUUUCUUAGAAGGGGGAUAUAAUCUCAGUUCUCUGUCAAAUUCAGUUGCAGAAUCAUUUCGUGCUUUUCUUGGGGAUCGGAGCAUGGCUUCAGAGCUAGACGAUCCAUCCUAUUUGCACGAAGAACCAUUGAAGAAGCUACAAAGGAAUUAUGCGUAUCAAAUCAGGAAAGCACAAUAUUACCAUCUCCAGAAAAAUGGUCCACAUUAUCUUUCAUGA